CAAAAAUAAAACAGUGGACAACAAGCCAGCAGAGCAUGAUGGCGGCGUCUCUGCUGCGCCGGGACAAGAAAGCUGCUGCCGCUCACCUGAAGGCAGACUUGAACGGGACUGACAACACUACAGGGCUGCGAAACCUUCAGGAACUACUCGACGUUGUGCUAAAUCCCGAAAAACCCGCAACGGACAGCGAAGCUCUUGACUGGUGUAAAUGUCUGAUCGCCGGAGGAGAGGGGUUCGAGGAGUUCUGCAACACGGUCCGGUCCUAUGACAACGCUACGCUGUGCGGCUUGGUUUGGACGGCUAAUUUUGUGGCGUAUAGAUGUCGCUCUUGUGGCAUCUCGCCCUGCAUGUCACUGUGCGCCGAGUGUUUUAAUAAUGGAGAACACACGGGCCACGAUUUCAACAUGUUCCGGAGCCAGGCUGGUGGGGCCUGCGACUGUGGAGACACUAAUGUCAUGCGAGAGACUGGCUUUUGCAGACGCCAUCGGUUAAGAACUGGAGAGAACCGUCCAUCUAUACCUCAAGACCUUCUCUUGAUGUCUGAGCUUGUUCUACCUCGCUUUAUCCUGAGUGUCAUCCAGUAUCUGAGGGAUGGAUACACAGAGCCAGACUCCUCGGCUGACAGAGAUCUACAGAAAGUUCUGCAGCAGCUAGAGCCUCAAAUCUCCUUCAUGGAGGAGCUAACUAAAAUGGGAGGAGCAAUGCGAACUGUUUUGACAAAAAUCUUGACCAACCAGCAGUUGUUCAAGGAGCUAAGCAUGGGCCAGGAGGAAAAUGUUUAUGCCAAAAAGAACUAUGACAAGUAUUUGUCAGCGUUGAAGAACUCCGGCCUGGUGUCUGUGGAGGAGAAGUCUCAAGGUGCUACAGCAGAUGUUGCUGUUGAUGCUGAAGGAGAAGACGAAGCCAUUAUGCUUUUAGGAUGCUCAGCAGAAGGAUGUGCAGACGAUUCAAGUAAAGAGGAGGACCAAGAUGCCGGGCAGUCUGUUGGACGGAGGAAGAGGGUGAAGUUGAGCAGCUGUACGAAAGAUUUGUGUAUUAUUGAGUCUUUGAAGCAUCGAUGCUUUUUGGAAGAGUUGCUCUUUUGGACAAUAAAGUACGAGUUUCCUCAGAAGAUGGUCACGUUCUUACUCAACAUGUUGCCAGAUCAAGAUUAUAAGAUCACCUUCACAAAAACAUUUGUUCAACAUUAUGCAUUCAUCAUGAAGACGCUGAUGAAGAGCCACGAGUCGGACACCAUGUCCAAUCGCAUUGUGCACAUCAGUGUGCAGCUGUUCAGCAACGAGGAGCUGGCCCGGCACGUGACGGAGGAGUGUCAGCUGCUGGACAUCAUGGUCACCGUCCUGCUCUACAUGAUGGAGAGUUGCCUCAUCAAAAGUGAGCUUCAAGAUGAAGAGAACAAUCGCCACGUCGUGGUGAACUGCAGCGAGGCCUUGCUGAAGAACAACACCUACUGGCCAUUAGUCAGCGACUUCAUUAACAUCCUGUCACACCAAAGUGUUGCAAAGAAGUUCCUGGAGGAUCAUUCGCUGUUGAUGCUGUGGAUGAGCUUUGUGUCGUUUUUCCAAGGCAUGAAUCUGAACAAGCGGGAGCUGAAUGAGCAUGUGGAAUUCGAGUCUCAAACCUACUAUGCAGCAUUUGCAGCAGAGCUGGAGGCCUGUGCGCAGCCCAUGUGGGGCCUGUUAACACACUGUAAAGUCAAGGAGACUCAGGAGUACACCAAAACUGUGGUGCGCUACUGUCUGGAGACUCUUCAGAUCUGGUUUGAUGCAAUCAACUUUGUGGACGAGCCUGCUCCGAAUCAAGUGACAUUUCACCUGCCACUGCACCGGUACUACGCCAUGUUCCUAAGCAAGGCCGUGAAGUGCCAAGGGCUGGACCUGGACAGCCUUCUCCCCGACCAAGAGAUGCUGAUGAAGAUUAUGGUGCACCCUCUCCAAAUUCAGGCCUCUCUGUCGGAGAUCCACAGCAACAUGUGGGUCCGAAACGGCCUUCAGAUCAAGGGCCAGGCGAUGACAUACGUGCAGUCCCACUUCUGCAACUCCAUGAUUGACCCUGAUAUUUUUCUGCUCCAGGUUUGUGCAUCCAGACUGGACCCGGACUACUUCAUCUCAAGUGUCUUUGAGAGAUUUAAAGUGGUGGAUUUGCUGACCAUGGCGUCGCAGCAUCAGAACUCUCUGUUGGACCCUGAGCAGGAGCGACCCAUGUUAGAAGGUGCCCUCACCUUCUUGGUCAUAUUGACGAGCCUUCGCACUCAUUUGGGAAUGACUGAUGACGAGAUACUCCGGGCAGAGAUGGUCUCACAGCUGUGUAUGAACGACCGCACGCACAGCUCGCUGUUAGACCUGAUUCCAGAGAACCCCAACCCAAAGAGUGGCAUUGUGCCUGGCAGUUGUAGUUUUGAAGAAAUGCUUUCUGCUGUAGCCGAUUUCAAAGCUCCUGUGUUUGAACCAGGAGGUUCCAUGCAGCAGGGAAUGUACACACCCAAAGCGGAUGUGUGGGAGAAGGAGUUUGACCCAAUCAUGGUGGUGCUCAGAACUGUCUACCGGCGAGACGUCCAGUCAGCGAUGGACAGAUACGCUGCCUUCUUGAAGCAGUCUGGCAUCGACGCUGCUACACCAUGGCCACCUUACAAGGAGAGGACCCCUCUGCAUCCUUGCUAUAAAGGCCUAAUCAGGCUGUUGCACUGCAAGACCCUUCACAUUGUGAUCUUCACUCUCCUUUACAAGAUCUGGAACGACCACCAGAACAUGUACGAACAUGUGCUCUGCAUGGUGCUGUACUUGAUCGAGCUGGGCUUGGAUAACCAGGUUCAAGAGAGCAAGGAAGAUGAGGAGCCGUGCAUCGAGGAGCACUGUCACGACAGCUGGUUUCCAGGCACCAACCUCCUCUCCAAUCUGCACCACGUUAUCAACUUUGUCCGGGUACGUGUUCCUGAGACGGCCCCUGAGGUGAAGCGUGAAGCUCCAGCUAGCACCAGCUCUGAAGCUUCAGCCUACGGCCAGAACUCCAGGCGCCUGUCAGGGAAUUGGAGAGAGAAUCUGCGUGAAGCUCAAGUAUUCAGUCUCGUGGCGGAGCGCCGAAGAAAGUUUCAGGAGAUAAUCAACCGCAGCAGCACCGAAGCCAGCCAGGCCGUCAAGCCCAAGAGCACGUCGACACGGUGGGUCCCGCCGGGCUCUCCGCCCCAGCUGGUGACAGAGAUCCUGGAGAUCCGGGAGAGCAUGCUGACACUUCUCAUCAAGCUCCACCAGAAGUUGUCGUCCAAGCAGAAUUCUCUGUCGCCAUCAUGGCUCGACGACUUGGACUUGAGCCGCCACGCUCAUGGCGAUGGCAUCACGGCCAUCGAGCGAAUUCUCACCAAAGCGGCCACACGCAGCUGUCAAAUCAAGCGCAGCAUUCAGGACAUUUGUGGGAAGGUAUCGCCUCCAGUUCCACCUAAGAAAAGCAGCGCCACCGACAAGAAGACCAUGGAUAAAGAGGAGAGACGUCAGCGAGCCAGAGAGCGACAGCAGAAGCUACUUGCUGAAUUUGCCUCGAGACAAAAGAGCUUCAUGGAAACAGCCAUGGAUGUUGAAUCUCCAGAAACGGAGGCAGCCAUGGACAUGGGGACAUCAGAAGUCAUGGAAUCAGAGAUCCUUUACGACUGUGUGAUCUGUGGUCAGAGUGGACCCUCCACUGAGGACAGACCAACCGGACUAGUUGUCCUCCUCCAAGCAUCAUCAGUUCUGGGUCACCGCUGUAAGAGCAGCGAGGCAAAGAAGCUGCCAACAAGUGACGAAGAACACAUCUACUCUGCGGACACGUGCGCCGUCGCCAAUGAUGUCCGACUCACGCUCAUGCAGCAGUUCUUCAAAGAUAGCUCUUGUCUGCAAUGCGUGUCAAUUGGAUGGGACGGCGGCGUCUACGUUCAGACCUGCGGACACACACUGCAUAUUGAUUGCCACAAGUCCUACAUGGAGUCACUGAGGAAUGACCAGGUCCUUCAGGGUUUUUCGGUUGACAAGGGGGAGUUCACCUGCCCACUGUGUCGACAGUUUGCCAACAGUGUUCUUCCCUGCCGCCCGGGACGGGGCCCUGAGCCCAGUCCAUGGCACUCAGCCUCAAACAAAAAGACCUGUGUGCUCGUUAAAGAGGUGGAAGAUCUGCAGGAUAAAUUGGGCCCAUUUCCAGUGGAGACAAAUCUGACUAAAGAGAUGGAGUUGGUCAUCAAAGACAUCAAAAACACCACCCAGAAAAAGUACAUGGACUACGGCAAAAACCCUGGGUCCCCCGACAACGACUUUCUCUUCAUGUACUCAGUGGCAAGGACCAACCUGGAGUUAGAACUUGUCCAUCGGGGAGGAAACCUGUGUUGCGGAGGAGCCAGUGCCGCUGCCAAAAGAUCCUGUCUCAAUCAGCUCUUCCAUGUUUUGGCAAUGCACAUGCGACUCUACAGCAUUGACUCAGCCUACAAUCCCUGGACAAAGCUGACCCAGGUGUCACAGAACCGAGAAUCAGAUGGCUUCGAUGAAGCCAGACCAGAGGUGCCCAUGCUGUUCAGAGAUGUCCCUUCGCUUCUGAUUAUUUUUGUGCUGACCAUGCCACAGCCUCUUCGGAAAGAGCACUUCAGCUGUGUGGUGAAGAUGCUGUACAACCUGCAGUACACACAGGCCCUCGCAGCUCUCUCCACCAAGCUCAGCCCAGAGGAAAGGCAGGCCUGGACCUCGACUGGGGCAAUGAAAAAGCCCCCUCGACCUUCUACGAGCCAGCCGGGACACUUAUAUCCUCAGAUUUCCGCAAACGGAGACAAGUCAUUUGAAGCGCUGCUCAGUCACAUCAUCAGUGAACUCUCCCGGGACACGAGCAUCUACAAGGUGAACCCGGAGGAGGCAUCAAUGUUGAGCUGUGGCGUGUGGUCGCCACAAUCUAUCGAGUUCAGCCUCCAGCAGUUCUGCCUGCCCUUCCUCCGCCUCUCCUGCCUGCUGCAGCAUCACCUCUAUGGAGACAACCUGCCUGGCUGCCCGGAGGAGGAGGAGUUCUCUUCAUUGGCGGCGUGUUUGGGGCUGAUGCCCUCCACCUUCCAGGCGUCUGCCGGUGUCAACAGUGCCUCAUGUCUGGAGUGGGCGGUCGGCGCCUUUGACUUGGUGACUCAGUGGUGCGCCGAGGUCAAAGAGCUCCCUCAGAUUCAGACGGAACAAUCAUUGACCCUGCUCGUCCAGGACCCCCAGUGGGCUGCCCCUCGUCUUCUGCAGCUCCCUAGCAACUACAACAUCAUCUUCCAGUACUAUCACAGGAAGGCCUGCACUGCCUGCAAGAAGGUGCCAAAAGACCCUGCUCUCUGCCUGGUUUGUGGAGCCUUUGUGUGUCUCAAAGGCGUCUGCUGCAAACAGCAGGGGAUCUGUGAAUGUGUUUUGCACUCCCAACACUGUGGCGCAGCUACAGGAAUCUUUCUUUUGAUCAAUGCCUCAGUCAUCAUCAUCAUCCGCGGCCAUCGCUUCUGCCUGUGGGGCUCCGUGUACCUCGACGCUCACGGAGAGGAGGACCGAGAUUUACGCCGUGGCAAGCCUCUCUUCCUGUGCGAGGAGCGGUAUCGAGUGUUGGAGCAGCAGUGGGUUUCACACACCUUCGAUCACAUCAAUAAGCGCUGGGGGCCUCACUAUAACGGACUGUAGGUUCCUCCAAAGUCCACAUCAAAGUGCAGCCCAUGACGGAGAGGCUCCUCUCCGGCCCGCAGCGUCCGCCUCGAUCAAAGGAGCGGUGCGUCACCACAAGAAACACCCAGCAGUCUGCUGCCACAACUUUGGUUCAUGUGAAGUUUGGUGUACAAUGAUGCCUAAAGAUUACCAGCUCUGUGUGUGCGUGUGUUCGUUUUAAGUGAUUUGUCGUGUGGUUUCCAGCAGGAACAAAUAGAAAGAUGGGAGGAAGAGAAGCACAAGAUGGAGCACAGCGAGCGGAAGGAGAAGGUGUUGAGUUGCGAAGCCUGUCAUACAUAUUUGGGCUAUUCUUUAGGAAUUUGCUGGAUUUCCCUGAAGUUUGAUUACCUUUGCACAGUUGAUGAUCAUGAUUUUGAUGCAUAUCUAUUUUAUUUAUGGACGUGUGCUCUGCUGUGCUGGCAUGAGAUUCCAACUCAAGUGUAGUGUGUAGCCACGAGAAGCUGGACGAAUCCACCCAUCAACACGAUUUGUUUUGUAAACAAGCAAAGGCUCUUGUUGGCGGGGUCGACUUGCAAUUCACCCUCAGGAAUUUUUUUGUUUUGCUGUUUCAGAAAACAUUUUAGAUAUUUAAAUAAAUGCUGCUGCUCAUCGUUUAGUCAUUUUAACCGCUGUGAUGAUUUUCUUAAGCUCAUGAAAGAAUGCUGGGAGUAUUGCCGACUCGCUUUGCUUGCGUGAUUUAAAAGAAAAAGAAGCGCACACCACGACAUCCUGGUCACCAAACCGUACAAUUGGAUUUGUUCCGCGAAGAACUCAAACGGUGACGGCUCAGUUGGCCGAGACCCAAUACGCCGCGUUUUAAACUUGGAUCGGACUUAACUUCGCUCGGUGCAUGACCUCCGUCUAAAUGGCCUGAUCAGUUGUGUUCUGGAAGAUCUAGCUCGUCGUGCCUGAAGGACGAUUUCGUGGAAGACAAGUCAGGCUCCCAUGAGGAGUCAGGAACACUUGAGACGCCACACGUUCAUGCAUGCUGCUUUUCUGUUUUCUGAGAUUCUUAUUUCAUUUUGAUUCCUUUCAGCAGCCAUUUUGUAAAUGACCGCAACCAAAUAGCCGGAGUCAUGGGUGUAAAUUAUGAUUUGUGUGUGCGUGUGCGCGUGAGUCAAGAGGAUACAGUACAUUACUGUAGGUGCCGACUUCAACUUUCUGAUUUGGAGCAGGAAGUGUAACUUGGUCAUUCAAUGCAAAAUGUAAAAUAUGUGAAUAAAAUAUAAGCACACGGUCGUCUCUUUUUAAUGUUAAAUUCAGUUUUGCUAAAGAACCAAAAAAAAAGUUUAUUUCUUGGUCUUAGUACUUGUGUACUUACUAUUACAGGGUUGAAUGGUUAACUAGAAGCGAGGAAACGUCCUGGACCAGAGUAGAGCGAUGGUCUGUGGCGUCAUGUUGGACAAGCCAAGAGAGGAUCAUUGAUAUUCACAGCUCUGAGCUAUAAUCAAAGCAUCUGGAUCGAUCGUACAUUCAAUAAGAGAGAUGGGUUUAAAGGUCUGUUUGAAAAUGAUCGACCCUUUGUUUCCUGCAAACAUGGCACAAUCCGCUCGAUUAUAGAAAUCAUCAGAACUUUAGAUCGAAUUUAUUACCCGUAACUCGCUAAAUCGGGGGUGUAGGCCAAUCGUGCUCAUGCGCUUAUGUAGUAAUGCGCGCCACUUUGACGAACUGGCGGGCGGAAAUCGAAGCUGAUGUCAAAGGGGUCAGAGUUUACG